UUCCCUUUAUUCCAGAGUCGUCCGACGUGACCAUGACGUCAGACCACAAGAACCGGAGCUGUCAGUACAGCGCGUGCUCGCCGCUCCUGACGGCCUUGCUCCUACUGACCACGGCAGUGUGCCUGAGACCGGCUUCCGUCAGCUCCUGAUCUGUUCAGCAUCAACUGCUACUCUACUGGACACGGGCCGGUCACCUGACUGUUGCAGGACGCUUGGCCUUUCCGAAAAUUCGAAGGGAAAAAAAGUUAUUGAUCGUAAAAUGUCUGAAAUGCUGGUGGCAUUUUUAGUUUCGGAGACAAUAAAAGCUAGAAAAGAAAAAAAAAUAAGUUUCAACAUUUGUUGA